CUUUAUCACUCUUUUGUGGUCAUUGUUGUCGCUCGUCAAGACGCAUUUAUAAUCGGUGCUUUUUUUUUGGGGAACUUGACAAAAAAGUGGUUUUGCGAUGAAUGAUGACGGAAAUAUCAGGAUGUGUUAAUUGGUGAAUAAGUUUAAGCCUCUUGGAUUGCGGUUUCAGAUAGUACGUGGGGCCGGCUAGGUGUUGAACAUUAUAGCAAAGGAAGUUGCACAUUCUUCGGGCCAAUGUCGCCGUUAUUGGUUGCAGUUGCAUUUGCGCAAUUAUUGGUAAAAGUCUUUGGUUUUAACGUAGACCUGGACCAUGCAGUGAUUAUAGAAAAUCCAAACGGCGAUGUAAAGAGUGAUUAUUUUGGAUACUCGUUAGUGUUAUUCAACGAUAAGAAAAGCAAAGAAAGGUGGAUAAAAAUAGGAGCCCCAAAUGCGUCUUUCCAGAAAAACCGACACUCGAACCCUACCGGAUUGAUAUAUCAUUGUCCGUUCCUAAAGCCGUGUAUUUUAGAUAAAAAUUUUACUAACUCAACAACCGAUUUUACUAACUCUUGGCUAGGAGGCUCUAUGGAUGUAAACUACAAGUACCGCGUUUUAAGCAUUUCAGCGAGCAGGUGGCAGCAGUUAUCGCAAGACGAACCCACCAUUCGAGGAGCUCUUUUUGUGCAGAAUGUAAAGGAAAAUCGUACCAAACAACUUUUAGAACCAUUGCUUGAGCCAGCGGCCUGCUACAGUAUCCCGUUUUAUAACCGAGCUCAAAGCGGAUUCUCUUUACACUUUUUAGAGGACAACAAUGAGCUUUUAGUGGGCGCUCCCGGGGUUUUCAACUAUGUGGGCACUGUCUUUAAAAUAAAAAAUAUCGACCGAAGUCCGAACCACUGGCAGUAUGAAGUCGCAGCACCUCAAGACAAAUAUAACGACUAUUCGGGAUAUGCAGUCACAUCUGGACGCUUUUAUAAAAAGAACGUUGAAAAUUAUGUAACAGGCGUACCAAGAAGCGUUGAUCGAAGUGGCAAAACACUUACGGGCAUGGUGACCAUUUUCAAGUUUCAAUCGUCCAAAAGAUCCACCAUAUGCCACUCCAACGGAAUUGAAACGUCUGUUAUCGAAGAUUUUUUCGGAACGCAAUUUGGGGAAUACUUCGGUUCUUCGCUGGCCUCUGGAGACUUGAAUGGAGAUGGCCUGGACGAUCUUCUGGUUGGAGCGCCAUUCCGAUCUAACGACAAGCUGGGAUUCAAUCAUGGCAGUGUAUAUGUGUUUUAUGGCAAUUCUAGGAAAAUGGGCUACCAUUCGAAGAACAGGCUGGAUGGAACUGUGUCCGGUGGCCAGUUUGGUUUGGCGAUGAUGGUGUUGGGCAAUUUGGAUAAUUAUCGGUUUGCUGAAGUUGCUAUAUCGGCACCCAACGAGGAAACUUCGGGUGUUGUCUACAUUUACACUUUUGAUAAUAUCAGGAAAACUUUGGGAAUAUCCCAGAAAAUUUAUGGAAAAGACAUACAGCCCGAGUUGAGAGGAUUUGGAACUAGUCUGUCGCGACCUAUUGAUAUCGACGAUAAUCAAUUUCCAGAUUUUGCCAUUGGAUCGCCUUUAUCCGGACACGUAGUGAUUUUGCGGUCCAAACCCACAGUAACGAUUUUCGCCAGCAUACGAGUCCCGUCCAGUAUUCAAAAAUCCACAACGAAUUUCACUUUUCAGUGUUGCUAUCAGUUCACGAAUUUCUCAAAUUCGAACCUCACUUUGUUACAAAACAUUACUGUUGACCGCGAAUUUAAUCGAUUCUCAUUCGCUCACCAUUCUCGCCGUCAGAUUUCCGAAGAAAGGAAAGUGUAUCUCACAAAAGACAGGGAACACUGUGAAGAUAUAGAACUCAUUAAGCAGGUUCGUGCUCACAACUACAAUGAUUCCAUUAGCAUUUACUUAACAUAUGAAAUAUUGGAGCCAUCCUCAGUAGACGACCAGAAUCCAAUAGUGAUAAAUAGCCUUAAGCAGCCUUCCAUUGAUACAUUUUGCAAAAAUUGUCCGUUGCUUAGUAAAAGUUCAAAAAAUCGUAUAUUCACGUUGGUGAGCUGGGAGCAUAAAUGCGAACACAAUGGCGAGAAGAAACCGUGCCAGGCUCAACUGGAAGUGACUGCCAAGUUUCUCAAUCUCAGUAAACCAGAUACGUUCGUAAUGGGCUCCAAAGAUCUGUUAUGCUUGGAAAUUACAAUCGCCAAUAAAGGGGACCCAGCGUACUUUCCACUUUUACAAGUGAAUCUUCCAAAUGGUGUUACCUUUAGAUCAGGUUCUGUAGAUUGCCAAAAUAUUGAUGGAAAUUGUAUUCAAUGUGAUGGAGGCGAAGUAGUGAAUGACGAAGUGGCAUUCGGUUUAAAAUUGAAUGUUGAUGUGGAUGGAAUUGACGACAUUGAGUUUUUCUUCAACACUUCCACUAUUACAGACAAUCUAGAUGUGAAAAGUGCAACAAAUCUAACGUUGAAGCUGAAGCGAGAAUUUGAUUUGCUUAUUACAGGUUAUCCCAAAGAGUCGAGUUACUUUUAUGAAAAAGGGAAGCGAACUUUCAUACAGGACAUUUUUAAGAUAGAAAAAUUUGGACCCAGUCCCACACCUACAGUGCAGGUGGGAAUCUUAAUUCCUUCCGCACUAAUUUCAAUCGAUGGCACUACUAAAGAAAUAUCGAAAGUUACUGCUCAUAAUGAUGCUUCGUUAGACAGUGUUGUAGUUAAAUGUGCAGAAAAUACGCAAUUUAUUCCAGAUGAGCAAACACUGAAUGAGACAGUGGAACUAAACGGCUUCGGUGUGUUAAAACUGAACUGUUCACAGGAAAAUGUUAGGUGUGCAUUCUUAAACUGUACAGUUGGACCUUUCGAAAGCUGGCAAAACUACGCUGAAUUUUCGGUAGACAUUGAGAUAGACUUUCAAGGAGUGGAAGCCAAUAUUGCCAAAGAUUGGUUUGUUAACGGGAAACCUGUGGAACAGAUCAAUUUCGUGGGCCAAGCCUUCGUUUCAGUCCCUGAUUUCACACAGGCCGGGAACAGGUCGGACUUUGUUGAAAUAUCGAACUUUGUGCUGGUAUAUGCGGAACUGGCAAUCCCCUUAUGGCUUUGGAUCGGAUCAGCCAUAGCAGCUUUAGUUAUUUUAAUUUGUGUUACUACAGGGCUAGCAAAAGCUGGAUUUUUCGAGCGAAAAGAUCGCCAAAUGCUGAUAUACCUCAAAGAAGGAGCUUUGAAAGAAGAGAAGCUUAUCGAAGAAAUGAUCGAAAAAGAGCUGCAGCCGGUUGAACCGUUUCAAGGGGAUCCAGCUUUUCGGUAUAUCAAGCCAAAUGACUUGGACAUCUACUGGACACAUUUAGAGAAAAAUUCUUCAACUGAUGCUUCUUUACCACCAGAGCAUCCUGCACAACAUUCCACAAAACCCAGUGAAACUGAUGGAUGGGACGAACAAGAACCAUUUUUAAAUACCAGUCAGUUAAAUGAAAAUUGACACAAACUGCUGGAAAUUAAAUAAAAUAAAUUCAA